CCCCCCCCCCGGGCCUAUCAUCCGGCGACAGGUGGAUACCACCUUCGCCAGUGUACGCACGGAAUCUCGCCGGUGCGCACUGGCAGUCGGAGCUGUGCUACGGCCGCCGCGGCGACUCCGAGUCGGACUUGGAUAUCCGAGUCCGACUCAGAGUCACGGUCACUGCCAGUGGCACUCAGGCUGGCAAACCCUGAGGAGCCUCCGAGUCACAGUGACGGCAACCGAAAUCGGGGCGGGGAAGUCGUUGUGUGACCGGACAUUUUUUUUCAGCGUGCGCAGCUCGUGCUAAUAAACUCGUAUCUUUACCACCGUAGGUACCGUAGGUUAUAAGCACCUAACGAGCAUAUGACCUCCACGACCAAAAAGAAUACAAUUCAUGCCUUAUCGAGGUUCAUGUGCGACUGGGACUCUUUAAAUGUAUGGCUUUAGGCUCGGUGAGACGAAGGAGGUAAUGAGCUACAUGAAUUCCACAGAUGGCCAGGAAGUCGAUGCCCAUGACCUAUUUCAAACGACGCCCUUAGUUUGGGGAGCACGCAACGGACACGACGAAACGGUGAAGUAUCUAUCUAGCAUCAAGGCUGAUGUUAACGCGACAGGCUUCGGCGGUUGGUCAGCGCUGCAGCAUGCGGUCAGCUGCUCUUGCGAGACUAUGGUCACACUUUUGUUGCGUCACGACGCAAAUCCGAACGCUUCGGAUGAAACUGGUACCAGAGCCCUCCACGUUGCUGCUGCACGUGGUGCGAUCAACAUUGUUGCGCGCCUAAUUGAAUCACAUGCGGAUGUCAAUGCACAAAACGCAGCUGGCAUGCGCCCCCUGCACUAUGGCGCGCUCUUCGGGCAUGUAUCGUCUCUGAAAACGCUUGCCGAGCACGGCGCAGAUAUAAAUGCCCAGGACACAGAUGGCAACACAGCACUCCAUCUCGCUGCCCAAAUGGGAUUUGAAAAUGCAGUCCAAUUUCUCUUAAGUGUAUGCAACAAGCGAAUCGUGAAUAAGGAAGGCAAACUGCCCCUAAAUAUGGCACAAAGCUCUUUGAUCAGAAAUCUCCUGAAGUAGACUCGGCACCCACAAUCUCAUAAAGCUUGCGACGCACCCGGUGGGCCAACAGAGCGAAGAUUAAGGGAGAUUUGACUAUUCUGGUAUAGUAAACUUUUGAAGAAAUUCGGAGAUGCUUUGGAAACCCAGUACGGAUUUCGGGCAUCUUUUGAAAACCCAGGAGGUUUUUGAAAACCAGAAUAGUGAAGUUCAGACCUCCACAACGUAGUUGUCACAACGAACCUAACUCACUAGAACGGAGGCGGGAUUUUUAGCUAAAUUUAGUAAUUCUUGCCUUUUAUAAAA